UCCCCUCCUUUAAACCCGGCGCCGGGCCACGCCGCGGAGGAAGGCGGUGCCGGACCCAGCAUGGCUGUGCCGUGCCAGUGCCUCGCGUCCCUCCUCUUGCUGCUGCUCUGGGGCUGCCUCUGCCCCCUCGCCCACGCCGGCCUCUACUUCAGGGAAGGGCAGCACUGCUACAAGCCGGCCCCGCGCAGGGCGCCUGGCCUGAGGACCUACGCCCGGCCGCACGAGUACCUGGACAUCUCCGCGCUCCCCGAGAGCUGGGACUGGAGGAACGUGAACGGCGUCAACUACGCCAGCACCACUCGGAACCAGCACAUCCCGCAGUACUGCGGGUCCUGCUGGGCACACGGCAGCACCAGCGCCUUGGCAGACCGAAUCAACAUAAAGAGAAAAGGAGCAUGGCCUUCUGCCUAUCUCUCCGUUCAGAACGUGAUUGACUGUGCCGAUGCAGGAUCCUGCGAAGGUGGAGACCACUCAGGUGUUUGGAAGUAUGCCCAUGACCAUGGCAUUCCAGAUGAGACCUGCAACAACUACCAAGCUAAGGAUCAAAAGUGUAAGAAGUUUAACCAGUGUGGCACUUGUGUGACUUUUGGAGAGUGCCACGUCAUAAAGAACUACACUCUCUGGAAAGUUGCUGACUACGGGUCUGUCAGCGGAAGAGAAAAGAUGAAGGCAGAAAUCUAUACUAAUGGACCAAUUAGCUGUGGCAUAAUGGCUACUGAGAAGCUGGAUGCUUACAGUGGAGGGCUUUAUACAGAGUACAACCGCUCACCUGUGGUGAAUCACAUUGUAUCUGUGGCUGGCUGGGGUGUAGAAAAUGGAACAGAAUACUGGAUUGUUCGUAACUCCUGGGGUGAACCCUGGGGUGAAAGAGGGUGGCUGAGAAUUGUGACAAGCGCAUAUAAAGGUGGAAGAGGAGCAGAAUACAAUCUUGCUAUUGAAGAGGACUGUGCAUAUGGAGAUGCUGUACUUCCUUGAUUCUAUAGCGUACAUCCUUCUGUUUAGGAACUACUUUGUAAGCUUCCCAGCACGACCUUUUUCUGUUUAAAGGAUAGUAGCCUAAAACUCCUUCACAGUUCAAUACCAUCGGGCAGUUCUGCAAAAUUAGCCCAGACAGCAACACACAAUGUCUUCAAAGUAAAAUAAAUACAGAGCUGCCUUCAGGUAUUUCCAACUUAAAAGCAUUUAACCCAUGAGAAAAUUGUCUGCGUUGAUGCCCUGUGUCAUACUGACUUCAGUGCAGAAACUGUAUAUGUAAAUACCUAUUUUUUUUAAUUACAAAUUAUGUAGGCAUACUGGGAAGGAAAAAGUAUACUCAAUAUUUGGGUCUAGAGCUUAUAUUAAAUUCUCUGACAGUAAUGAGCAAAUAUCUUACAAUGAUGCUGCUCACAAAGCUAAGUCUGGCCAUGAUAUAUUAAAAAUCUAAAUCCCCUGUUCUUUCCUUGGCCUCCUGGUGAAACAGUGGUGGUGGAAGUCUCAUGUAAUGCAGUUACUUUUAUGCAACCAAAAUAAUAUAUCAGGAAUUACUUUGAUCAGAAGACACUACUUAAUUACUUAGUAGUGUCUUUUUGCUCAAAUUCUUUGCUUUAAUAUGUGAUUGGUGUCAAACAGCACAGCUUUUAGUAUUAUGACAGUGAACAUGUUUUAGACCACAUGUUUUAGGCCAUAUUCCAGUAGGCUGAUAUUUCUGUUUGGAAAACUGGAAGAUGCACUCCUUUUUGUAAGAACUUAAUCUAUACAACUGGCUGCUGUCUCAAGAAGUAUCAUGGUAGCUUAAGUGGUUCCCAUUCAUGAAUCACAACACAGAACAAGGUCAUUUCCUUCUUUCAUCCAUCCAGCUGGACUUAAAGUGUCCAUGUCUUUUUAGAAAGCAGGUUCUUCAGAAGAUAGAUGUGCUGGGAAAAAAGCACAAUGGGCUUUUCUACACCCUGCACUUCUAAACAAACACUAUUUGCCUGUAGAAAGAAAAAUCCAGCCCAAUGAACAAAAAGAAAGAGUGUCCGUAGUAAAACUUUGAAAUAAAUCUCUAGAAAAGAAAAAACCCUUUAUUUAAAGGUAAAGUAUAAUCUUGGGUGUAUCCCUGCACUGUCUGGAAUCUACCAGAACAGAUGAGAGACAAGUAUAAAAAACAAGCCACAAGAAGCAGUAAUAACAUUUGUGCACACAUUCACAUUGCUGGACAGCAGUAGAAUUCUGACAUGGUAAUGAAACUUACCAGUAACACUUGAAGCAUCUAUUUAACAAAAAAUAGAUUCUGGAAGAUAACACACUCACAUAGCGUUCAUCUGUUAAUAAAAAACUAACCUUGACUGUUACAACUCUAUAGCAGUAAAUAUGUAGAAUUAUUUAGAAUUCUAAACAAUGCAAAGGUGAGACAGAGCUAAUCACACAAAUUCCUUCUAUACAACUUACAACAUCAAAGCCUAAAGCAUUCAAGAUCCAGUCUUCAGGAAACCCUGCAAAGCUUUUUUAGUAGGAGCUUCCUUCCCCAUUCUUCAGGUUUUGUAUAUUACACAAAGAAUCAGUGACAAGUUCUCCAAGUAACCAAAAUAACAUUCUUUGAAAUAAA